AUGGCGCCGACGCAUGAGCAUUCGGGUCUCAUCGUUGAUCAGGCUGAUGGCCCCAUUGUUGGUGAACAGGACAGAAGCGACACCGGUUCUCAAGAUGAUGCAGCUUUGCUGAAAUCAAUGGGUUACAAACCAGUACUCGCUCGCACAUACACCCUGGUCGAGAAUUUUUCCACAACAUUUGCUGCUCUCUACUUCGUUGGUGGAGUGCGUGUGACCUUCAGUACUGGUAUUGCUGCCGGUGGAAAUUUAGCUUAUUGGACAAGUUACUUGGUCACCCUGGUGUUCACCUUCAUCACAGCUGCAGUCAUUGCAGAAGUGUGCUCUGCGUCUCCAUCUGCAGGUUCCAUUUACCUGUGGGCCGCCGAGGCUGGCGGUCCUCGAUUCGGGCGACUUCUUGGUUUCACCGUCGCUUGGUGGAGUACUACCGCUUGGACCACUUUCUGCGCCAGUAAUACCCAGGCCGCUGUGAACUACAUGCUGUCGGAAUUGACAGUAUUCAAUGUGGACUUUCCCACUGACGCCAGCGACGUCAAAUUCCGUGCUGUCCAAUGGAUAUGUACAGAGGUGCUGCUUGCUUUGGCAGCCUUGCUGAACUUUAUGCCUCCCAAAUACUUCCGAUUUGUCUUCUACCUCUCGUCUGCGAUCGUCAUGUUGGAUUUUCUGCUUAACAUCAUUUGGCUCCCUAUCGGUGCUCACAACACCUGGGGCUUCCGAACAGCUCACGAAGCAUUUAUGUCCACUUACAACGGCACCGGCGCCCCACCAGCGUGGAACUGGUGUCUGUCUUACCUGGCCACCGCAGGUAUCCUGAUUGGGUUUGAUGCUUCGGGCCAUGUUGCAGAAGAGACCAAGAAUGCGUCGGUAACCGCUGCUCGUGGAAUUUUCUGGAGUACAGUUGCAAGUGGAGUUGGUGGACUGGCAACCAUUAUUUUGUUCCUUUUCUGCGCGCCGGAUGCCGACACCCUAUUUUCAUUUGGCUCUCCCCAGCCUUUCGUGCCGCUCUACGCGGUUGUCCUUGGCAAGGGUGGCCAUAUCUUCAUGAACGUCAUUUGUAUUGUGGCUCUGUGGCUCAACACUGCCAUCGCAAUCAUCGCCGCAUCUCGUCUUGUCUUUGCCGUUGCCCGUGACGGUGUCCUCCCCUUCUCCGGCUGGGUCUCCCGCGUUCAUAAUGGCCAACCCCGGAAUGCCGUGAUUGUCGUCUGGGUUGUCGGCGCCCUCGUCACCUGCACCAUCCUCCCGUCCAGCGUGGCUUUCACAUCCCUCGUCUCCGCAGCCGGUGUGCCCAGUGCCGCAGCAUAUGGCCUCAUCUGCCUCGGCCGACUCCUCUGCACUCCCGACCGCUUCCCCAAGCCUAAGUGGAGUCUCGGCCGCUGGAGCAAGCCGUUCCAAUUCAUUGGCGUGAUCUGGAACGCCUGGGUUGUGGCCGUGCUCUUCUCCCCGUACACCUUUCCCGUGACUGGGGAGACCCUCAACUAUGCCCCCAUCAUCAUGGCCGGUGUAACAAUCCUCGCUCUGAUCUCGUUCUUCAUCAUGCCCGAGGACGCCUGGUUGCCCCGGAACCGGAUCUCGCAUUUCAUCGAUAGCAAGGGGGCUGUCUCGGAGACGGUGCAAGAGGUGCACCCGUCUGAGGGACAGGAACCCGAGCAGACUGCCGCGCAUAAAGACUGA